AAAAAGACAAGAAAAAUGUGUGGAUCAGGCAUUUUCCUGCCGUGAAACACCAUGCUUCACGUGGGGUAGCAUCUCAGGAAGAGACGUGAGCGGAGCAGAACCUCUCAAGGUGCGGUGCCGCUGAGGAAGGGAAGGGCUUUGAUGUAUGUGACAUGACAUGACGUGAUGGUGGCACGUUACAUCAAAGCAGAAUUUAAAAUACUGAGCCUGCCAGCAGUUCAGCGUGAUGCCAGCUAUUCUGUGGAAGAGCGAGCAAUGAGAAGGGCUGCUCGUCCUUCCCAGGGGGGCAGGGGCGCAUCCCUGUGCUGCAGGGCCGCAUUCGGCGCUGGGGCUGUGCUCCGUGGGAGGGGAUGCUCCUGCUGUGGCGUGGGCGACCACCUUAAUGGGUUACACGUGCCCAUGCAAGAGUCCACGUACUCCUCUGCUUCAGCUCAUUGAGGGGUUAAUGCCGCGGCCCGUUACGGGCUGGCUCCUUGCACCUUGGCUCGGCCGGGCUCCCCAACCCCCGGUGACUUAGAGACCCCGGAGCGAAGGCUCUGCCUGCUGGCUCUCUGCUUGUGCCAUCUGCUUUAGAUAAUUCAUCGAAAAGGGCUGAGUUUGGGCAACACAGACGCCGGCUGCUCCCUCGGGGCGUUUCACAGUAAAACCCAUCCUUGAGUCGCUCACGGCGUUCACCGAGCGACCAAGGAGCAGCGAAGCCGCGGUUUCAGAUGGGGGCCCGUGAUCCGCCUUGUCCGUGGUGGUCAGGUUGCCCGCUCGGAAGCCAUGCUUGGAUUUUAAUAGCCAUGUUCCACCUAGCCAUGGACCUCGCCAGCUGCCAGCCCCCUGCCAGUGGCGCCGGGGGGAGGCUCACGCCGCGGCCGGCGCUCCGGCACAGACUGUCCCGUGGCUCGCUGUGGGGCGCGGGGAGCGGGGAGGAGCUGCGACGCCCCGGCCCCCCCUGGACCUGCACCCCCACGCCCCCCCUGCAGAGACCCCGCUCCCGCCGGCCGCCCCCCGCCGCCCCGCUGCCCGCCGGCCGCCCCCCGCGCCGGCCCCGCUCCCGGAGGGGCCGGCGGCAAUUGCGCGGCCGCGGCUUCGCCCCACGGGACGGGCAGCCCACGGAGCAGCCCGAGGUCAUCGUCUGGGGUCCCACGGGCGAGGAGGACUCCCUGGAGAGCAGCACGCUGCCCGGCGCCUUCGCCACCGCCGCCACCACCACCACCACCACCACCGCCGCCACCACCAUCACCACCACCACCGCUGCCACCGCCGCCGCCACGCCGCCCCACGCGCCCCCCAGCACCCCAGCUCCCGCGCCCGGCGGGGACGCGUCCCGCAGCAGCCCCGGCCGCUCCAGCACCGUCGAGCCGGCCGCCGGCCACAGCAGUGGUGGCAAGGACGCUCGCCCACCCCGCGGGCUGGGAGACAGCACAGGUCUGGCAGUUCAUCAGAUAAUCACUAUUACCGUGUCCCUCAUCAUGGUCAUAGCCGCUCUGAUAACAACUCUUGUCUUAAAAAAUUGCUGCGCGCAGAGCGGGCGCCCGCGGCGCAACAGCCACCAGCGCAAGCUGGACCAGCAAGAGGAGAGCUGCCAGAACCUGACCGACUUCGCCCCCGCCCGCGUGCCCAGCACCCUCGACAUCUUCACCGCCUACAACGAGACGCUGCAGUGCUCCCACGAGUGCGUCCGGACCCCCGUCCCCGUCUACGCGGAGGAGGCGUUGCGCUCGCCCGGGGAUUAUAAAACAACCUUCAACGGAAACAGACCCUCUUCUUCUGACCGGCAUCUUAUUCCCGUGGCCUUUGUGUCUGAGAAAUGGUUUGAAAUCUCCUGCUGACUGGCCGAAGCCUGUUUGACUUCUGGGGGCAGGGCAGACGCCAUCGGGCUGUUUCCUGGAUUCCAUUGGUGAACCUGUAAAAAAUAUAAAAAAAUAAUGGGUUACCUGUACCUACCAUUUAUGUUUACCAGUAGGAGACUCAAAGAGCAGCGUUCUAUGGGCCAAAUAUAUUUUUAUAAAAAUGAACACGCCUAUAGGUAACUGCGUUUCUCAAAGAGCGUGUUUUUUGGAGAAGAGAAAGAGAAAUGUGCGAGCAAAGAAUCCUGUGGAGGAAGAGGAACCAGCGAGGGCCUGGGAGGGAAAGACUGAGCGCCUGGAGCCUGGACAUGGACUGUGACUCUGAACCUGUGCCAAUAAUACCAUUAUGUGCCAUGUACCGAUGCAAAGACUUCGCGAGAAGCCGAAGCUAAGUCGCUAACGCCUAGAAACGUUGUGGAGGACGAGUGGGGCAUCUCUUCUGGUGGGGUCAUUCAUUCCGGUCCAUACGCAUACAUACAUACGAUAUAUGUAGAGAGAAAAUAUAUAUAUAUACACACACAAACACUUUUUGUACUGUAGCAAUUUUUGAAGAUCUUAAAUACUCAUUUUUAAAGAAGAUGUCAUGGGCUAAAAGUCUCGUUUCUUUAACAUGCAUAAUAUGAACUAGGUGAACUGAUGUUUUCUACUUUGGCAGCUUGCCUUUCAAACCUAUAUGUGUAUAUAUAGGUAGACAUAUAUACAUAUAUAUACGUGUGUGUGUAUGUAUAAACAUAUAUAUGUAUGUAUACAUAUAUAUAUAUAUAGUUUUGGUUCUUUUUGGAAAUGCUUUUGCAGCGGCGGGGGACGGCCGGGGCUGUGCUGCUGCGGGGGAGCCGGGGAGAGGCUUCCCAAAAAACAGCCCAGAGCGCGGCUGUGCUGCCCUGGGGCUCCCCCGGCUCCGGCGGGGACGGCGGAGCGCUCGGGAGGCUGGUCUGGAAGGGAAGGAGAACGGACACGGGCUGGGACGAGACCUGGGAGGAUGCUCUGGGCCAAAUUCACAAAGUGCAUUCCUGCUGCGGGAGGCCGGAGGGAGCGUGGCAGGGUGGCAAGAGGGGCUCCCUCCCACCCGCCGGCGGGCGGGGGGCUCCCCACAGACUCCUGCACCGUCGUGUCCCCGGGGAAGGGCCGCGAGUGGGACGUGGGCAGGGAGCUCGUGGCAGGGGGGACACCCAGACCCCAGCAGCUCGCAGCGAAGGGUAUCCCCAGACCUCACAGCCUGAUGCCUUGUCACGGUAGGUGGGAAAAAGGCCGAAAUUUCAGGGUCUGCCCGUUGUUUCGCAGAGCUGCGGUCCCCGCUGCACGAGGUGUGAUGCCUCGGGGCCGGCUGAGGUUGGGUUUUAGGCAUGGACUUUCAAAGGAUGGGCCUCUCUUGGCACAAGAGAUGAACUUCAGGAGUGAGAUGUGGGAGUAUUUUGGGGAAAUGGCUUCUAAACUGGCCACGACACCAAAGCUUGCUCAGCUCUGUGAGAAGCAAGAGAGGAACGAGCCCUUUGGCCCCUGACCCGGGCCACGGCCGGCGAGCUCCGGGGAGCCUCUUAGCUCUCACGGUCCCGGCUGGGUUUGCUGUGGCAGGAGAGGAGGCAGCACGCUGCCCACAACCACGGGGAUCAUUUAACAGCAUUAAAAAGGGAAUCCUGCCCAACGCUUUGCCAGCGAGGUACGGUUUGGCGUGUUGCUCUAGAAGGACAUCCCAUCGCCCGUCCAGCUCCUGCUGGGGUGGGUGUUUUGGUGGGUGCUGGUGAGCACACCAGCCCGCCCGCAAGCCCCAUCCAAAAAGUCUUUGCACGGAGCCGGGUGCUGCUGUCAGGGCGGCAGUCCGUGCCAUGCCGUGUCCCUCCAAACCGGCGCAGCUGGGAGAGCCGGGCAGGGCCGGGGGGAUGGUGGCAGCGGGCUGGGGUCUCCCAACCCGCCCGGUGCCUCGCCAUGGUUUGCUUCUGCUCUUUAACACGUGUCCUGCCCCAGGCCGGGGCUGGCCCACAUCAGCGGGGCCAAGGCAGAGCUUGCGGAGGGCUCCCGGGCGGCUGCACCACGCGGUUCACGGGAGGGUUUGGGUCAGGCACCGGGAUGGGGCUCGUUUGGGGUCGCUUCGGCAUUACGUGGGUGGGAACGACAGCAGAGUUCAGACCAAAGUCCUCCAGUUCUUUUUGUAAACUGCCCUUCGUAAAUACUAGCGAUUUUUUAGAAUUGUCCAGAUACACAUUUCUACUCAUCCACUGAUUAUUCAGCUCCAUUUCUUUAUUAUAACGAACAUGCAGUUUAAAAAAAAAAAAAAAAAAAAAAGAAAAAAAAAGUAGAACCUUCUGGUAUUGCGCAUAGCCACGUGUGCAGUCUCUUGUUUCCGUAUCCCUUUCUGUCCUUUUCUGAUGGAAUUGCACAGUCUGGAUUAUUUUUCCUGAAGUUUUGGAAGCCACCCUGGGAAGAAGUCUUCCUUGCCAGACCUGACGGUUACCUGCGGACUUGAGCCAAACAUCUCUGAAGGUAUUGGUGAUUUCCCUGUGACUCCAAUGAGCCUCGAGCAUUGCCUCGGGCACGUUCUGCACCGGGGUGGCUGCCGACUGGCAGCUGGAGAGGAGGAGGGGGGUCCCUGUUGCUCCUGGCCAGGUUUUGGUCCGUGUCCGAACCCGUUCCUUCUGCAGAGGUGGUUUCUCAUGGGUGCUGAGGUGGGCGGCACCAGAGACGUGUGUCCCCGGGGCUGGGGCUUGGAGUUGGGGGUUAUUUAACAGGGCUGGGUCUCCUUAGGCUUCUGGCAAGGAGAUCUGCUCUUGUGUUUCCUGAGAGCAAACCUUCCCAUGAUUGGGCUGGGCACUGGGCAGGGGGGGUCUGCUGGGCAGCUCCCGUGGCUGGCUCCCCGGGAUGUGGGGUGGGAUGCCUCCCCGGGACGCCCCGGGCUGGAGGAGCAACACCCCCCCCCCCCCCCCCCCCCCCCCCCCAAGCUUUAGCCUUUGCUGGGAAAUGUGGGGUGCGUGUGCCCUCGGGGUAUCCUGGGGGUCUGCCCUGAAACAGGGAGUGCUGCGUGGGGUCCCGGCCUCACUGCCAGCAGCCUCCUGUGCACUCUGGGGGGGAGCUCUGGUCCAUGGCGGGGGGCAGGUAAGAGCGCGGUGUGUUACCUUGCUUGGGUGACCACCCCCAUCACCACGCAGAGGAGCACCCCAGGAGCUGCGACUGCUCCAGGGCGAUCCGUCACCUCGGUAUAUUGGGGCGUUUGUGUUUUACUGAUGUAAAUGGUGCAGCCCCUGCAAAUCACCCUUGCUGGCACAGUUUCUGAAUUCUCCCUCUUUGUUUGACUUUGCUGGCAUCAGUCCACUCCAGCUCGGGAGCCGCGUCUGUUGUGCUUCACCCGUUGAUCUUCCGAUUUAUUUGUAUGUGCUGGCUGCACCCAGUAGUUCUUACUGGUAUUCCAGUGUAAUCUCGACAGCAAUUUGACGUCAUAAAAUAUAUCUCAACUCCCUCGUUCCCGAGCUUUUGAAGCAUCGUUCUGUGUUUCUGUGUGCGUGGAACCCGCUGCCUGAAGGGGAGUCAUCGGGCAGAGCCGGGGGCUGGCAGGGCAGCGCCGGUGCCGGUGAUGGAGAGGUGCCCUGGCCCGAGCCUGGCACCCAGCUCCCGGGAAAUUCCCUGCGGAGCUGGGGGCAAGGAGGGGGGAGUGUGUGUGUGUGUCUGUGCGUGUGUCAGGGAGAGAGAAUGAAGGCAAAUAACUUUGACCCCAGACAACAGGAGCAGGUUUCUGAUGUCCAGGACUUGCAUGAGCUUUCCACAUAGUCUGCAGAAGGACACAUCCUGGUCACUGAGAGAUGGGCGGUGAACCAGGGAACAAAAGUAGAUGCACAAUCUUCCCUUAUUUAUAAGGACCAACAGCACUUGCACUUUAUCAGAGAAACCCUCCCAUCCCUAUGCAUGCCAAGCACACCAACAAGGGACAACUGCCAGGAGGAAGGAAAGGAGGGAAGGAAGAAGUGAAGGGCUGGAGCUGCAAAUGCGAUGAUUUCUGAGGCAGCAUCCUAGCAUCCCAGUGUCCUUCCUAGUACAGAGAAAUGAACUGUGGUUAUUUCAUUCCCUGCUAUUGAUGAAAGCCAAAAAAGAGACAGAAAUGAAAACAUAGUCACGUUUUCAUAGAAUAGACCUGUUGAGCAGCUCUUUCACACCAGGGAAAAGGCAGGCAGGUGUGGUGGUUGCAAACACGUUCCCUCAGGAACCUUGCCACGUUUCGGCCGCACUGUCUCGCCCCGAGGUCUGGCCACUGCAGCCACGGGUGAUGGCUCUAGAUGGGCUCCUUCCAUCGCUGCCCUUUGCCGGACACAGAGCUUCAUCCUCAGCUGGUGGGAGUUGCGCCAGGUUUUGUUGGCUUGAGCCAGCCCAAAGCCUAUUCAGCAAUAAUGGGGGAGGUUUUGCCAACGCUGGUGCCACCCAAUACUUUGAUUUGGCUGGAGCCCCUUGCCCAAGCAGCGGGGUCUUGCUCCUGUACAUGUUCGGAGAGGACUUGCACAUGUUUGGAGAAUUAGGGAUUUUUCCGUUCUCAUUCAGAAGCUGAGCUCAUUUUCCAGCCCGGUAGCAGGUAGCAGGAAAUGUUCCACCGUGAAAUACAGCCCCGUGUGCUGGCCGGCAUCGUUUGCGUGGUGACAGAUUGAGCAACGGCUUGCGAGCAGCGAGGCGGUGAUCGUCCCCGCUGUGCCCGGGGCGGUCGCCGUGCCAGGGAGCUGCGGGCACGUGUGUGGUGGGACUCGAUGGAUGUGCAGUAAAUCCAGGGGAGCAGCCGCAGCGGGGCAUCCACCACCACCUCACCAAACUACAUGCCCUUUCCUUGGAAAACCAGAGCUUUUUACUGUGUUUUGUUUCAUUGUGGAUCUGGCAGCUUGGGGGAAAAAAAAAAAAAAACAACAAAAAAACAAAAACCCAAGGUUUUGCUCCUUGCUUUGCCAUAAACUUGCAGCUAGCUGCUUCUUGUUGCUGUUUGGUUCAUUUUACGGAUUUCUUGGCCCCUUAGUAGUUCCUAAGAAAUGCGCCAGAGCUGCCGAAAGGCUGCCAAGUCCCCCCGGCGUAUGGUGGUGUGUCCGUGUGCCGUUGUGGCUCUGUCCUGGAGAGGGAAUGGCUCAGGCUGAGCCCUUCUCACCGCUAGCCUCCGCAGGGACCUGGCCAAGCUGGGGGGUCCCAUGCCGGGAUGGCAGGUGCUCCCCCGGCAGAGGAGAGCCGGGCCCUUCCUGGGGCUGUGUGGGACCUCUCCUCCACCCAAAUUCCUUGCAAACACCACGCGGGAGCUGCGAGUCCUUGGGUCAGGGCUGCUUGCCGCGGCCAGCACCACGGGGCUCUUUUCUGCACCCAACUAAUCUGGUUUGGGGCGUCAGGUGCGAGCUGCCACGUCGCGGCACCUUCAGGUACCGCGGGCAGGUUUGGUGGGGUUUGGUACAGAAGCCCCUGAUUUUUGCCAGCUGGGGUAUCCCGAGGGCAGCAGCGUCCCGUAGCACCCGCAGGCACGCAGGGCAGAGCGGGUCCCCCGGGGCUGCCCGUCUCUCCAAAUCUGAUGGUUUACCUUCACUCUGUCUUCCCAGGUAGAGAAAAGGGUGGCCCAUGGCAGCGGCGGUGGAGGGGCCGGGGGGAGGCGUGCUCCGGGGGGUUCCCCGGCCUCUGCACCCUCCGUGCCAUGGCCGGGGGCUCGGAGCGGCGACAGCAAACCCAGCACAGGAGAGUGCGCGGGGGGCGGAUUUCAGGUUACCUCUUCUCCAUUGGCAGCUUGUUGCGAAGGAAGGUCGUUCAGCUAAAAUGGUAGUUAAAUAGUAGAUAUUCUACACAUAUUAUAUAUUUUGUAAAAAAAAUAAAAAUAAAAAUAAAAAUAAAAUAGAACAAAAAUAUAUAUAUAAUAUCUCAGCCCACCCAUUUCAGGAUGAAUGUGGUUGGAAUUUUGGUUCAACCAGGUAUAAAAUCUGUAAGCGAUUUUUUCAAAACCAGCAAGAAAUCCCUCACCAUUUCAGAAGUCCGUGGGUUUGGUCUCCAGAUCUCAUGUAAUGCUUCUCACGCAUUUUUAAGAGUUACUCCCAGCGUUUGUAGGUACAUUUUUAAUAGUGUCACGAGUGGAGAUAAUAUUUACUUUGAGAAAAAGUAUAUGUUGCACAAAAAUGUACACUAAGGGCACAGAUUUCUGACCCAGAUUCUUCUAUUUUAGGUUCCGAGGGGUUUAUUUUUUUGUUUGAUAGGACAUGUACAGUGAAGUUUACACUUUAUUUUUAUUUUGCCAAAAACCGUUUUCUAACAUGAGACAGCUUUUACUUUGUAACCGGUUUUACAUCACUGAGUACUUCUUUAUUUUCCUGGGAAAGCCCUGUGCCGUGCGGUGCUGCCGCGCGCGCCGGGGCGAUGGCGGCGUGCCGGGGAGCCGGCUGCCCGCGGGGCCGCGCAGGCCACAGCUCUUUUCUUCCCGAGUGGUUUUUAAUUUGUCUCUGUACUUCGAAGCUGUGUAUUUGGAAGCACUGUAAAUGCCACCCUAUACCGAUUUCCCUGUGUAUAUUUAGUACUCUGAUGUUGCUAUUAAAACUGAUAUGAGAACCGCGCA